CUGCCAUUAUCUCCAAACGGGAAGAGAAGAAUCACACACACACAACCAACGCGUAGUGAUAUGAGAACCAGGAGAGGGCUGUGUUAUCCGAGAGUGAUGAAUAGCAGCGGCGGAGUGGCCAAGAGGAGGAAAGUCGACCUCGCCGGAGACUGCCGGAAGAUUUCUGAAACCUCGCCGGAGGUUGCCCAAGGAUGCGAUUUCUUCGAUGCUUUGCCCGACGAUCUCGUCCUUUCUGUUCUCGGCAAGCUCAGCUCCACCGCCGCCUGUCCAGCCGAUUUCGUAAACGUUUUGACGACAUGCAGAAGACUGAACGGAUUAGGCCUUCAUUCUCUGGUCUUAUCCAAAGCCUCUCAUAAAAUGUUGGCCGUUAAAGCUAGCAGCUGGUCCGAGUCGGCUCACCGAUUCCUCAAACUCUGCGCCGAUAGCGGAAACAUCGAAGCUUGCCACACUCUCGGCAUGAUACGUUUCUAUUGCUUGCAAAACCGAAGCAGCGGCGCGUCGCUGAUGGCGAAGGCGGCGAUCGGCUCGCACGCCGCGGCGCUCUACUCGCUCGCCGUGAUCCAAUUCAACGGCAGCGGCGGCUCGAAGAACGACAAGGACCUCCGCGCCGGGGUCGCCCUGUGCGCACGCGCCGCCUUCCUCGGCCACGUCGACGCGCUCCGCGAGCUCGGCCACUGCCUGCAGGACGGCUACGGCGUGAAGCAGAACAUCGCGGAGGGGCGCCGCUUCCUCGUCCAGGCCAACGCGCGCGAGCUCGCCGUCGUCCUCGCCUCGAAUCCCUCGGCCGUCGUGCCGCGCUCCUGGCUGACGUGUAACCACCAGCGCCACGUGGCCGGGGGCGGGGGCGGCGGGUGCCCCUUGCUCAGCGAUUUCGGCUGCAACGUGCCCGCCCCCGAGGCACACGCUGCGAACCGGUUUUUAUCGGACUGGUUCUCGGCCCAGGCCGAAGGGGUACCCGGACCGGGUCUAAGGCUUUGCUCUCACUCGGGCUGCGGGCGGCCCGAGACUAGGAGGCAUGAGUUCCGUCGGUGCUCUGUGUGCGGAGCAGUGAAUUACUGCUCCCGCGCUUGUCAAGCGCUGGAUUGGAAGCUCCGCCAUAAGGCGGAGUGCACCCCCGUGGAGCGGUGGGCCGACGCCGACGAAGACGGAGAAAACGACGGUAACGGAGAUGAGGCUUUUGACGGCAACGGCAUUGGCAUUGGCGAGGAGGCGAUGGAUGAAAGAUGAGGAAACUGACGGUAACGGUUGAAGGAGUCGAGGGAGAUAAUGGAGAAUGUGGGGCUCAAAUUGUAGAGAAGAGAAAGAUUUGGGGUCAUUUUUUGAUGGAGUAAAAAUGUUACAAUUGUGGUCAAAGUUUUUUUUGUAUAGGAAUGUAAAGUGCUGUCUCUCUCUCUCUCCCCCCUUUAAUUAAUCUCAUUAGAUAUAGAGAUUUAAAUUCGAUAAAAACAAAUAUUGAAACCUAUAGCAGUACAAUAUUCAAUUCAAGUUCUCUUCUUAGUUUUGGUGA